UCAGAGCCAGAAAAAUCUGGAUGACAGCACGACCAGUUGCAGGAACUGCUAACGCACAAGCGAAGAACCGGAGCAGUCGAGAUGCUGCUGGCGUCUGUUUGCCAAACAGGGUUGGAAUUUGCACAAGUCUGUCUCCCAGUUUGGCCAAACCGUUUCACGAUUCAGGCAGCAGCAGGGCAGCCCCACGAUGCCAGCAGCUCGGAGCGGAUCCAGCUGUCAGGAACGUUCAACGUGCGGAAGGGGAAGAUGCAGUUGCCCGGGAGCCGUUGGGCCCGGCGCCAGGUGAUCGUGUGUGGCACCUGCUUGAUCGUGUCGUCCGUGAAGGACAGCCUGGCCGGCAAGAUGCACGUGUUGCCGCUCAUCGGAGGCAGAGUGGAGGAAGUGAAAAAGCACCGUGAGCACUGUCUGGCCUUUAGUUCAUCCGGGCCACAAAGCCAAACCUAUUACGUUUGUUUCGAUACUUUCACUGAGUACCUGAGGUGGCUGCGCCUAGCUUCCAAGGUUGCCUCCCAGCGUAUCAGCUCGGUGGACCUUUCUUGCUGCAGCUUGGAGCAGCUUCCUGCCAAUCUGUUCUACAGCCAAGAUCUCACGCACCUUAACUUGAAGCAGAACUUCCUGAGGCCCGGCCCCUCGGCCUCUCGGGGGCUCGAAGAACUGCAGAGAUUCUCCAAGUUGAAGAGUCUUAACCUAUCCAAUAACCACCUGGGUGACUUCCCGCUGGCCGUCUGCUCCAUCCCGACGCUCACGGAGCUGAAUGUGUCCUGCAAUGCCCUGAGAACCGUGCCUGGCAAAGUCGGAGACAUGCACAACUUGCAGACGUUUCUGCUGGACGGCAACCACCUGCUGUCUCUUCCUGCCGAGAUGGAGAACAUGCAACAACUCAGCUAUCUGGGCCUCUCCUUCAACGAAUUCGCCGACAUCCCCAGCGUGUUGGCCAAGCUGACCGCCGUGGACCGGCUCUGUAUGUCCGGGAACUGCCUGGAGACCCUCAGCCUGCAGGCGCUUGGCAGAGUGCCACACAUCAAGCACGUGGACCUGAGGCUGAAUGGCAUCAGGGAGCUGGUGGUGGCAGAAGACUCAGACGCCCUUCAUCACGUGACUCAGCUGGACCUGCGGGACAACAAGCUCGUGGAACUGGAUGUCACCGUUUUCUGCAACAUCCAGGUGCUGCACUGUGAGCGCAACCAGCUGGGGAGCCUGAAGCUCUCUGGGGCCUCCCUGAAGGCUCUCUACGCCUCGUCCAAUGAGCUGGUUCAUCUCGACGUUUGCCCAGUUCCAACCUUCUUGACCCUCAUGGACCUCUCCAGGAACCGCUUGGAGAAUGUGCCCGAGUGGGUGUGUGACAGCCCGAAGUUAGAAGUGCUGGACAUUGGACACAACCAUAUACGGGAGCUUCCAGCCCGGUUGUUCUGUAACCGCGGCCUGAGGAAACUGCUGGCAGGACACAAUCGGCUGACCCGGCUGCCGGAUCGGCUUGAGGGGACCCAGGUGGAAGUUCUGGACGUGCAGCACAACCAGCUACUCGAGCUGCCGCCCAACCUCCUGCUGAAAGCCGACAGCCUGAGGUACCUGAACGCUUCGGCUAACAGCCUGGAGACCCUUCCCCCGGCUCCGCUCUCCGAAGAGACGGCCAGCGUGCUGCAGGAGUUGUACGUGACCAACAAUCGCCUCACGGACAAGUGCGUGCCCUUCCUGACGGGCCACCCCCGCUUGAAGAUCCUGCACAUGGCCUACAACCGGCUCCAGAGCUUCCCGGCCAGUAAAAUGGCCAAGCUGGAGGAGCUGGAGGAAGUGGAUCUCAGCGGCAACAAGCUGAAGGCCAUGCCUACCACCAUCCUGGCCUGCAGGCGCAUGCACACUGUCAGCGCGCAUUCCAACUGCAUUGAGGUCUUCCCAGAAGUCAUGCAGCUGCCAGAAAUCAAGUGCGUGGACCUGAGCUGUAACGAGCUGAGCGAAGUCACGUUGCCCGAAAACCUGCCCCCCAAACUGCAAGAACUCGACUUGACAGGGAACCCGCGCCUGGUCCUGGACCACAGGACUCUGGAACUGCUCAAUAACAUCCGCUGUUUCAAGAUCGACCAGCCGUCAGCCGGCGAUGCCGCCGGAGUUCCGGCCGUGUGGAGCCAUGGCUUCACGGAGGCGUCGGGGGUGAAAAACAAGCUGUGUGUGGCGGCCCUGUCAGCCACCAACUUCUGCGAUAACCGCGAGGCGCUGUACGGCGUGUUUGACGGUGACCGCAACGUGGAGGUGCCCUACCUCCUGCAGUGCACCAUGAGCGACGUCCUGGCCGAGGAGCUGCAGAAGACCAAGAACGAGGAGGAGUACAUGGUCAACACGUUCAUCGUCAUGCAGAGGAAACUCGGGACGGCCGGACAGAAGCUCGGGGGCUCGGCCGUCCUCUGCCAUAUCAAGCACGACCCCCUGGAGCCCGGCGGGUACUUCACCUUGACGUCGGCCAACGUGGGGAAGUGCCGGGCGGUCCUGUGUCGCGAUGGGAAGCCUGUGCCCCUGUCCCGCUCGUAUGUCAUGAGCUGUGAGGAGGAGUGGAAGAGGGUCAAGCAGAACAAGGCCAUCAUCACCGAGGACGGCAAGGUGAACGGGGUGACCGACUCGACGCGGAUCCUGGGUUACACGUUCCUCCACCCGAGCGUGGUGCCGCGGCCGCACGUGCAAUCGGUGACCCUCACCCCGCGGGACGAGUUCUUCAUCCUGGGCAGCAAGGGGCUCUGGGACAGCCUGGCGGCCGAGGAGGCGGUGGAGGCCGUGCGCAACGUGCCCGACGCCCUGGCCGCCGCCAAGAAGCUGUGCACGCUGGCCCAGAGCUACGGCUGCAACGACAGCAUCAGCGCGGUGGUCGUGCAGCUCAGCGUCCCCGAGGACAACUUCUGCUGUUGCUGCUGCUGCGGCGGCAGCGGGGCCGCGGGCGGCGGGGGGCCGCCCCCCAGCCCGGGCCUCGGGAUGCCAUCCGGCGGGGGCCUCAGGGAGAGGCCUCCGGACGGGCUGGGCGCGCCCCCGUCGUCGAGCAGCGGCCCGGCCUCGGAGAUGAGCAGCGAGGUCUCCACGUCGGAGAUGAGCAGCGAGGUGGGCUCCACGGCGUCCGACGAGCCGCCCCCCGGGGGGGCCCCGAGCGAGAGCGGCCCCGCCGCCUCAGCCGGCGAGCCGCGCUGCAUGCUGCAUCCCGGGGGCCCGUCCGGCUCCUUCCAGCGCCAGCUGUCCAACGCCACCUUCUCCAGCGCCUUCUCCGACAACGGCCUCGACAGCGACGACGAGGAGCCCAUCCAGGGCGUGUUCAGCAACGGGAGCCGCGUGGAGGUGGAGGUGGACAUCCACUGCGGCCGCGCCAAGCCGCAGCCACCGCCCCCGCCCCCGUCGCCGCCUCCCGGGCCGCUGGAGGCCGGCGACGAGGGACCGGGCGGCGGCGUCGGAGGCGCCAACGAGGAGGAGGCCGGCCCGCCCAGGAAGACCGACUUCUCCGCCACGGGGACCAUCGGGCGCCGCCGGGGCAACGGCUCGGUGGCGCCCCAGGAGAGGAGCCACAACGUGAUCGAGGUGGCGGCCGACGCGCCCCUCCGGAAGCCCGGGGGCUACUUUGCCGCCCCGGCCCAGCCCGACCCCGACGACCAGUUCAUCGUCCCCCCGGAACUGGAGGAGGAGGUCAAGGAGAUCAUGAAACAGCACCAGGAGCAGCAGCUGCAGCAGCAGGUGCAGCAGGCCCAGCCCCAGCCCCAGCCCCAGCCGCGGCGGUAUCCGACAGACCAGCUACCGGACUGUUACGACACACCGCUAUGACCCGGCCUGCGCCCUCGUUUUUAACCGUUAAUAAACGAACCCAGGGAGCCUGGUGGAGUGGAGUUGCCGGGCGGUCCCCCAGCGGCCCACAGCACCCUGGGGUGGGGGGGCACCUGCACUCAGAUUCCCUCGUCCUCCGGGUCCCCUCCCGCCCCCCACCCCCGCUUUCACGCAGCGCUGAUCUCUAGGUCCGUCUCCUCCUCUUCUCUGUUCGUCACCUCUAAUAACGACCACGUCUCUUCUAGCGAUGAUGCUUUACCACGAUGAGCUGAAUCGGUUAACUCUUUGCGCCUAACACAUCACAAGUGUAAAAACAAAGAACAAAGGUUUAAUAUAUUGCAGAGAAACAGAUAAUGAUGUAAUAUUUUUUAAAAAUGACUUUUGUGUGAGGGCAGGGCAGGUUGCCAGUGCUAAAUGACUAAGUAAUAUUGUAACACUGUAUUUCUUUGGAAAAAGGCUUUUUUUGGUCUUGAAAAUGGUAGACAUUUGUAGACUAUGGAGACUGACUCCUAGGAGUUGCUGUAGUGUGACUUGCGUCACCGAGAUUCACUAAUUUUCUCUGAGAGAACAGUUGAUUGGGAAAUGAUUCUUGUACAUAGUUCAGUGUUGUAUAGUGACGCUUGGAAACGUUUCGUAGUAUCGGCACCAGGACACAUUCACCCGAGUAACUGAGCGCCUCUCCUCUCGGUCUGGUCGUGCCCACCCACCCUCCCCUCGCCAGACCUGCCACCCCUCGCUGGACCCACCCACCCUCCGGUCCCCACUCGAGGGGGGAUGACAAGUCGGGGAACGCUCUGUCCCUUCUGACGAGCUGGGCUUCAGACUGCUGGAGGUAUCCCUCUCUGAACCUGCUCCUUCUCUUCCCUUCCCCCCACAACCACCCUUGCCCCCAGACCUUGCAGACAGAGUGUGAGUGUGUGUGUGUGUGUGUGCGUGCGUGCGCACGCGUGUGUACGUGUGUGUUUGUUCCUGAUAGUAGCCACAGCCGGCGGGAUUCUAUCGGGCUCACUUAGACCCCUUCUGGAGCCCGAGUUCUAUUAGAGCAGAAUGCACAGAUGAACACGUCCUAGUUUUUGUUAUAAUAAAUCUAAAAUUUCCAAGUA